AUGGGUAUAGUAGCGAUGAGCCAGCCCAAAAUUUCCAACUCCAUCGUCUGCCACUACUGCAAGGAAGAGGAUGGAUUCUGCACGAAACAUUCGUCCAGUGCGCGAACUCCAUCCUGCCCUGGUGACUACUGCAUCAAAUUGGUCGGGAAAGACAAUAACCAAAACUCAACAAUUCGGUACUGCAGUUCAGAUCCACCGUUUCUCGAAGGCUGCAAGAACCAAAAAAUCAGACAAUUCUUGCCGACGGAAGCGGAAUGGCUGGAGACAAUAUGCGUCUGCCAGAAAAAUUUUUGCAACGGCGCGAUCGGACUAGCGAGAAAUUUGAUUUUGUUAUUUGUUAAUAUGUUUAACUGCGUCCGUUUAAGCUUACUCAAGAAAAAUAAAUUGACGUUGCAGCUGCACGUUUCCAUUGGUGCCUGUCUGCACUCGGAGUUUGUUUUCGGUCGAUUAGAACAAUUUCUUACCACGGUAAAAGAGGAUUCUGUCAACAAAAAAGUUGUUGUGCAGGUAAUUGCGUGCUACGGUUGGAUUCACGUUGUCUAUGUCUGUUGCUGGCACCAAUGUGAAAUAGCUCGGAGAGGCUUGUAA